CGUCUUCACUAGAUCAAUUCAGUUUUCAGCUAGACAUGCAACUAGUCACUUAGUUACACACCCGAUAAAUAUUUAACGUCUUACACACCAGCUCAUUUGGUUCUCGGAGAGAAAUUAAUCUUCCAACCACCAGUUCUUCUAUCUACAUGGAUAUAAGGUUUGACUGCUCUAUUAAAGAAUUCAACAUUUCAAGUUCAUCUCGUCAACCUGUAGUCCUCUACCACCUUGAAUCUCCGGGUCCUAGGUUUGUCCUGUAUCAUAUCGAGUCACCAUGGUGUUCAAGCUUAACCUCGGAAACUACAAACGGAAGCCAAGGCUCGUCCCAACCUCCAUCGGAAGCCUGGUGUCCAGCACCAGGAUCCUGGAGAACUUGAUCUGGGAGAUAUACAAUAUCAAAUCUGAACAGAUUGAGAAGAUUAUGGUUCAGCAGUUGAGUGGAAGUGGGAUCCAAGGAAAUCUCAGUGACAGCGGCAGGGUCCAGGUGCACAUGGAACUAGUGGACGGGUCCAACCAGACGGUCAACUGGUUUGUUAAGGUUAUGCCCCAGAACGAGAACAACGCUAUCACCUCCUCCCUGAAUAUAUUCAAGAACGAGAUUGUUUUCUACGAGCAGGUUCUCCCGGAGCUAAAAUCUUUUCUCCGAGAGGAAGGGUUCUCCGAGGAGUAUGCGGAGUUUGAGGUUCCAGAGAUACUUUUCUCCAGGGAAGAUGAUGAUGGAGCUAUUAUCGUCCUGGAGGAUAUCAUCUCCGAGGGGUUUGGUCAUGAGAAGGAUGUGAACGGGGAUAAGUUUCUAAGCGUUGAUCAGGCUAUUUGUGCAGUUCAGAGUUUGGCUAAGCUACACGCAGUAUCUGUAGGUAUGCAACAGAAGAAGAAGAUUGAUCUCCGAACUCUACAUCCGACCCUAGCGGAGUCAGGUCUACUCUGGGCUAAAUCAGAGAUGACCGAGAGGUUGGGUGUCAUGAAGGAGAGUUAUUGUGAGAUGUUAAAGCAGUCUUCGGAGCUAGACUCUCCAACCCUUCUCCGUAAGUUUAAGAAGAGUUUUGAUUCUGAGGAGAGGUUGAAGGAACUCUGUCAGAAGAGGUGUAAGGCGAGCAACAAGACGAUGAGCCUCCAGCACGGAGAUUUUACCUUCAACAACCUGAUGUUCAAGAGGGAGGAGGACGGCAAGCUCAGGGUUAUGAUUGUAGACUGGCAGUUGUCCUAUACAGGGCGUACUACUGGAGAUCUAGCGUAUCUACUUAUGUCUUCUCUUAGCUCAGAGACAAGAGAGAUGUAUGAGGAUAAGAUUAAGAGUGAAUACUUCUCAGCAUAUCUAGCACAUCUAGUAAAGAUUGGGAAUACACGAGAAGAGAAGUCUAAGUUGGAUAUUGAAUACACAGACUCCCUUCCUCUCUCCUUCCUUCUCUCCUGUGGUAAUAUCAUGUCUGGAGGAUUCGAUGAUAGGGUCAGGGUAUCAUACGAUAUGUGUAAAGAAGCUGCUCACAAGAAGAUUAUCUAAUUGCUGACAAGAAGAUUAUCUAAUUGCUGACAAGAAGAUUAUCCAAUUGCUGACAAGAAGAUUAUCUAAUUGCUGACAAGAAGAUAUUUAAUUGCUUACAAGAAGAUUAUCUAAUUGCUGACAAGAAGAUUAUCUAAUUGCUGUCAAGAAGAUCAUUUAAUUGCUUGCAAGAAGAUUAUCUAAUUGCUGACAAGAAGAUUAUCUAAUUGCUGACAAGAAGAUCAUCUAAUUGCUGUCAUGAAGAUCAUUUCAUUGGUUACAAGAAGAUCAUCAAAUUGCUGACAAGAAGAUCAUCUAAUUGCUGACAAGAAGAUCAUCUAAUCGCUGACAAGAAGAUAAUCCAAAUGUUGACAAGAAGAUCAUCUUAAUGUUGACAAGAAGAUAGUCCAAAUGUUGACAAGAAGAACAUCUAAUAGCUGACAAAAAGAACAUCUAAUUGCUAACAAGAAGAUCAACUAAUAACUGACAAGAGAGUGCUGCCAAGGUGUAAUAUAUAUCCUGCCGCAAUGAACACAUAUAGACUAAAGUGACCAUUAAGCAAGAAGAAAAGUGAAACCAUGCAAUAGUACAAUAUUUAAAGGAACAAUUCAUUUAUAUUUAGGUCUUCGUUGUUAUUCCAUAAUGUGUUUAUAUCGACGUAGGGAAAUCAAAUAUAUCGUUAUAUCUACCAAUA